AUGUCCCCACAAUAUGAUAUAGUUGCAGGAAAUGAUGAGGGAUUAUCUUUAAUCCUCGAAGAUACUUUAUCUAAACGACAAGAAAUUCCAUUCAUGGCCAUUGAGAAUGAAGGAUCAACAGAAAGGAUAAAUGGAAUGUACCGCUAUAUAUUACGUCUUUAUAGUCAUCUUAUUAAUAGCCAAAAGGCACUGUUAACUCUUAUAGACAUUCAAGUUUUCUUUGACAUUCUCGUACCAGAUGGAGAGACUCCAGAUGAAUGUGAAGAAAAGGUGAACAAAAUUCUCUCUGGCGUUGUAAAAUCAUUUAAAAUAAAGCACAUUAAAGCUUUCCCUUUUCGGGGUUAUCAUACUGAAAAAAAGUCAUAUUUACGAAUUUAUACGAAUGGUACUGGAGAGAGAAAGAAAGCCAUCCAAGCUAUCCAAGAAAAUAAUUUUGAAACUGCUUCAGAUGAUUUAUACUCAUUUCACCAAAAGGUAGCUCGAGAAAAUGGAAUCCAACUCUCUGAAUGGUCUACAAUAAACAAAUAUAUACGUAAGAAAGCUCUCUUACAAGAUUGCACUCUUAUCCUUACAUGGGAUAUAGAAACAUAUGCCUUACAAAUGGGAGAAUUUGCAGAAGUUUUUAAACAGAAAAACAAGCGAGCAUUUGCCCCUAACAUUCAAGUUGGAUUUAAUGAUUCUGAUUAUGAUUGGCGUUUUAUUAUGGAGAGAGCAUAUCAUCUCAAUAUACUUGAAUGGAUGUGGGAGCGAAUGACAGGAAAGUUCGAAACAAAGGAAGAAAUCCUAAAGUGGAAAUAUCGUGAAAAGAUAGGAGCGAAAUCUGAAAAUAAUUUCAUAAUAAAAGAAAAGAAAAAGGAUACAGAUGAAGAGGGGAUCAGAAUCUAUUCAGAGGCAAAAAAAGACCCCUCUCCUUUAACUGCAAGAAAAAUGCGAGAAGUAACUAAUUAUUGUAUUAUAGAUGCAUUACAUUGCCAAGAGCUUUUGGUAAAGCUAAGUCAAAUAAAUGAUUACAGAGAAGUCGCUUUCAUAGCUCAUAUAUCUUUCUUAAAAGUAUGUGAAAAUAUAGAAAAAGAAAAAUAUCCUGAUGCGUAUGUUUUUCUACCUGAAAAGGGGAUUGAAACGAGAAGACCUGUAACAGGAUUGGACUUUGCUUCAUUAUAUCUCAGUCUCAUCAUGGCUUAUAAUCUCUCUCCAGAUAAAUAA